CUAAUUGGGGGAUUGUUUCCUAUCUAUCUAGUGAGGGAAGAAAAACACAAACAAAAAGAAGAUUGGAGUGAGGGGGGAGAGAGAAAGAGUGAGCAGAGCAAAAUGGAAGAGGAGAGUGGAAUUAUAAAUCUUCCUAUAAUCGAUUUAUCAGCACCUGACCGACUCACCACCGCUGCUACACUUCGUCAGGCAUGUAUCGGAGUUGGUUUCUUCUACAUUGUGAAUCAUGGAGUGGAGAAAGAUCUGCUCAACAGAUUGUUUGAAGAGAGUAAAAAGUUCUUUUCACUUCCUUUGGAAGAAAAAAUGAGACUUAAUAGGAAGGAAUAUAGGGGGUAUACAGCAUUAUAUUCUGAGAAGUUGGAUCCUUCUUUGAGCACUAAAGGUGACUCGAAGGAGUCUUUCUAUAUUGGCCCGCUUCAUGAUGAAGUGUGCAAUUUGAACCAGUGGCCUUCUGAAGAGCUUCUUCCGAGUUGGCGUCCAAUUAUGGAAGAAUACCAUAGACAACUUCUGAGUGUUGGGAAAAGAUUACUAUCACUUCUUGCGCUGGCACUGAACCUGGAUGAGAAGUUUUUUGAGAAUGUAGGAGCUUUGGAUUCACCAAUGGCUUUUCUUCGCACCAUACAUUACCCAGGUGACAUCAGUUACCACAAUGAUGAAGUUUUAGGUGCCUCUGCUCACUCUGAUUAUGGAAUGAUCACGCUGUUGGCAACUGAUGGUGUUCCUGGACUACAGGUCUGUCGGGAGAAAGAUCGUCAACCACAGAUUUGGGAAGAUAUUCUUGAUAUUGAGGGGGCGAUAAUUGUCAAUAUUGGGGACAUGACAGAGAGGUGGACAAAUUGUUUAUUCAGGUCAACUUUGCACAGAGUGGUGCCAAAGGGACAAGAAAGAUAUUCUGUAGCUUUCUUCCUUGAUCCUCCACACGAUUUUCUGGUGGAGUGCUUAGAAACUGCCUGCACCGAGUCAAAUCCUCCAAGAUUUCCCCCAAUUCGCUUUAUUGACUACCUACAAGAACGAUACAGGCUUACAUUUGGAGCUGAGUAGCCACUUUUACCUGCAUUUCUUGUGAAGGGAGAAGUUCUACAGCGGUGUGGAAUUGACGAAAUCAUGAGCAGCAUGUAAAUCUCUAAAUUACGUAAUUACAAUGUUGUAUAAAGUGAGAAAUGUUUGCAAAAUUCUCAUCCGUUAAAGUACUAUAUUUGUUUAAGUCUCAGAUGAUUGGUUAUAUGAAUAUUUUUAUAAGUUUA